AUGGCCGACGACGCUGGCUUUCGCUCCAGUCUCAGAACUCAUUUCUUAACUUCGAUCAUGAAGACAACGACGCCGAUGCUGCUUGCGCUCGCGGCUGCCUGCGUGCAGUCCCAAGACGCGCUGCAGUACGACUGCGACCAAGGCUCGGUCGCUCUCGGCUUUGGCCCGAUCAUUGGCAACCUCAACGACUGCGCGCGCGCGUCCGGCUACAACUUUGUGCCGGUGCCCAAGAGCCGCCCGACCCAAGACCAGCUCAGUGCGUUCUGCUCCGUGCCCGAGUGCUCGAGCGUGGCCCAGAAGUACCUCUCGAUCCGCCUCCCAGUCUGCGCGUUCGACCUUGACGGCCAGCGCGUCGUCGCCAAGGACUUUUUCAGCACGCUCUGCACGCAGUACGCCAACCUCACGGCCCCGCCGACGGUAGCGCCGACGCCUGCACCCGUGACCUCGACCAAGGCGCCGGCCGACGCUGGCCCGACAACGACGACGUCGGGCGCAACGACAGCGUCGGUCGUGUCGGUCGUGUCGGCAGCGCUUCUUGCGGCCCUCCUGUAGACACGGCCACUCGUCGUCUCUGUCGGUGCAUGUACAUACAGCGUGAUACUUAACUAGAAGAGGACUCCAUGGGCAUAAAUAUAGCAACAUGACCUCGGCUUACAUAUCGUCG